AUGGCGUCGGAGAAGAAGCUAUCGAACCCAAUGAGGGACAUUAAAGUGCAGAAACUGGUGCUCAACAUUUCCGUCGGUGAGAGUGGGGAUCGUCUCACCAGAGCUUCCAAGGUUUUGGAACAAUUGAGUGGCCAGACUCCUGUUUUCUCCAAGGCUCGAUACACUGUUCGUUCUUUUGGUAUCAGGCGUAAUGAGAAGAUUGCUUGCUACGUAACUGUGAGGGGAGAGAAGGCGAUGCAACUCCUCGAGAGUGGACUGAAAGUUAAGGAAUACGAACUCUUGAGGAGGAACUUUAGCGACACUGGUUGCUUUGGUUUUGGUAUUCAAGAGCACAUUGAUUUGGGUAUCAAGUAUGAUCCAUCCACUGGAAUUUACGGUAUGGACUUCUACGUGGUUCUUGAGCGUCCUGGUUACCGUGUGGCACGUCGCAGAAGGUGCAAGGCUCGUGUUGGAAUCCAGCACAGAGUGACUAAAGAUGAUGCCAUGAAGUGGUUCCAGGUGAAAUACGAAGGAGUCAUCCUCAACAAGUCUCAGAACAUUACUGGCUAA